UGGUCGAUAAACUCCGCAUGAUCUAAACAUUAUUGUUCCAAUUAUGCGACCCAGAACAACUUUUGCCCUCAUCUUCAGUCAGUUGCUUGCUGCGUAGCGAUAAUUCAUUCAUAUUCCGUUUGAACGACGGAUGGCGAUCAUGUUCAUUGCUGUUGGAUGUACACUGGUUUGCCGUGUUGUUGGAUUAAACGGGGGACUCAGCACGUUCUAAAGUGUUUUGCGAGAUGGAGUCGGAUUGAUAAUGAUUUUAGUUGGGCUGUAAUACUGCUCGUACUAAAGGUAAAAGUCUUCGUUGGAGAGGAUCCUGAGAGACUGAGUAUCUGUGCAGUAACCGCAGGGAUUAAACGCGAGUGGAAUCAAAAGCGCGCGGCUGAUAUGGGUUCUGUUAUUUGUGACAAGAGAUUAGCGGGCCUCCUCCUCCUUCAAGCCUCCUCCCUCCUGCUGUUCAGUUCUGGGGAAAGGAUGUGCCCCUAUAGCUGCCGUUGCGAGGGAAAGAUUGUCCAUUGUGAGUCGGCUGGCUUCCAAGACAUCCCAGAACAUAUUUCAGUUAGUUGUCAAGGUCUAUCCCUGCGCUACAAUGACCUGCACACAAUGCUCCCUUACCAGUUUGCCCAUCUUAACCAGCUACUGUGGCUGUACCUGGACCACAAUCAAAUCAUGUUUGUGGAUAGUCGUGCUUUUCAAGGGGUGCGACGAUUGAAGGAGUUGAUCUUGAGCUCCAAUAGAAUUUCACAGCUUCAUAAUGUCACUUUUCACGGAGUACCUAACCUACGCAGUCUCGACCUCUCCUACAACAAGUUGCAGGAGCUGCAGCCGGGCCAGUUUUUUGGUCUUCGAAAACUGCAGAAUCUGCACUUGCGUUCACGAAUCAACUUCUUUCUUUUUCCUCGCCUUGCUAACCUUCGUGCCCUGUAUCUACAAUGGAACCGUAUUCGAGCUGUCAACCAAGGCCUUCCGUGGAGCUGGUACACCUUGCAAAAGCUUGAUAUCUCUGGCAAUGAGAUACAGGUACUAGAUCCUGUAGUAUUUCAAUGCCUCCCCAAUCUUCAGGUCCUCAACUUAGAGUCUAACAAACUGGCCAAUGUGUCUCAGGAGGUUGUGGCUGCCUGGAUCUCCCUAACAACCAUUAGCCUUGCAGGCAACAUGUGGGAUUGUGGACCAGGCAUUUGUCCUCUUGUUGUCUGGCUCAAGAAUUUCAGAGGCACCAAGGACACUAGUAUAAUCUGCAGCAGUCCUAAGCACCUUCAAGGGGAGAAGGUUAUGGAGGCUUCAAAGACCUACAUUGACUGUGAUGACUACGAAAUUACUGCUCAAUCACCUUUGUAUCUGCAGACCUUUGAUCCAAAUUUUGACCUUACCCUUGAACCGACUGACCCGACAAUGGCUCCUACAACACCGCCUCCACCCUUGCCUUCACCUGCCUCUGAGGUGCCAUUUCCACCUCCCCAUCCUCGACCGCCUCAACGCCCCACCUUCCCCAGCCGUGCAAAUCCAGAUCCCAGAGACUCCCAUCAAUGGACACCCUCAUCAUCCGACAGCUUAUUAGUCACGCCAGCUCCUGAGCAAGACAACGUGUCAUUUCACAAAGUGGUGAUGGGUGGGGUAGCACUGUUCCUCUCAGUGUCCCUUGUCUUGUCGGUAAUUUAUGUCUCCUGGAAACGUUACCCUGGUGCCACCCGGCUUUUGCAGCAGAGUACAGUGGGCCGUAAGCGGAGGAAAAAGAGUCAGGAGCCAGAACAGAACCUGAGCUCCCAGCUCCAGGAAUAUUACAUGAGCUACAACCCUGCAGCCACGCCAGAAGCCUUGGAGGUGCUGGGCAAUGGGACAGGUACCUGCACCUGCACCAUAUCCGGCUCUCGGGAAUGUGAGAAUGAAUACACAUGUCCCAGACCCUUACCUGGAGCUUGGAUUGGAGACAUACCCACCAUACACUGAAGGGACUGUUUUGUUCCUCAAAAUAAUCCACCGGCAGAGGAUUUGUGCCUACCUGCAUUUCAUCAGUCGCAUCAAGCUUUGUUCUCAUGAUACCACUCUUGCUUUCAUUGCUUCUUUAAUGGAUUGUGCUGGAUAUUCUUCAGUCAGACACUGCAAACGGACAUCAUAGAGAAAGUGGGAACAGAUGCCUCAGAUGCAUAUUUUACUAAAACACAUUUGGAUGCCUCACUUUGUUCUUUAAUGCGCCUGGAUACAUGUGUCAGGUUUAUUUGGGAAGCCUUCGGUGGAACAUACCAAUGCAAGUUAUCCAGCCUUUGUCGAAUCGCCCAGCGUCAUUUGACGUUUGUGUGGACCUAUACAUAAACUACAAACUUUGUUAAUAUACCCUCGAAUUUAAAACAGGACUUGCCCUUUCCUCUGUUAUUUAAUGUACAUCCUUGGAAAAUUUGUGUAUCGGAAUAACUAAAUAAAAUGACUGAGUUAAAACCUUUAUCUUUGCUGCCUAAUACUGGAUUUGUUAUGCUUUGCGUUUCUGCAAACAUCUCUGUACAGUUUUAUUUGAAGAGAUUCUCAAGUUUACCUGCCCUUCAUAACAGUAAUAAACUUCAUACUGUUAGACUGAGUAAUUUAAACACGACCUGUGAUCUCAUUGACUAUGCCAACACUGUUUGAAAUGUUUGAGUGUACAUACUGUAUGCAGUCUCAUUUUAUAGGAGAGUGUGUAAGG